UGGGCAGCCCGCUUGCUCCGCUUCGCACAUGCGCAAAAUGCGGGCGGAGAAGGGGGCGUCUUUGUCCCGGGGCUUUGGUGUCCCAGGGCUUUGGUGUCCCAGGGCUAGCCCUAACGUCGUCUGAGGUGGGAAGCUGGGAUCUGAAGCCUCGCGUGAAGAUGGAGAAAAGAACGAGCUGCGCAAGGUAAGCAUGGAGUAGAGAAUUGGAUUUCAUCAAGAUUAGUGUCUUUGCAAGAUGAUGAUUCAUGGUGAUGGCUUGCAGGGUCAUAAAUAAAAGAAGGCACAUGGGACUUCAACAACUUUCAUCAUUUGCAGGAACAGGAAGAACUUUCCUAGGCCCAUUAAAAUCAUCUAAAUUUAUUAUAGAUGCAGAGUGUCAUGAAAGUGUGUUAAUCAGUUCAACAGUAAGGCUUCUCGAAAGUUUGGAUUUAACCAGCGCAGUGGGACAACUUCUCAAUGAAGCAGUUCAAGCACAAAAUAACACAUAUAAAACUGGAACCAGUACUCUUCUGUUCCUCGUCGGUGCAUGGAGCAGUGCUGCUGAAGAAUGUCUCCAUUUAGGUGUCCCCAUUUCAUUAAUAGUGUCUGCAAUGUCAGAAGGCUUGACCUCUUGCAUUGAAGAGGUAGUUUCCCUUCAAGUACCUAUCCACAAUGUAUUUGACCAUAUAGACAGCACAAAGACAUUUUCUGGACUUGAAACAUUUAGUGGCAGUUUGUGCCCUUUUCUACAAAUCCCUUCAGAUACUGGUUUACAGAAAGAGCAUGAUCUCAAAGAUGUUGCCUCUCCAUCACUGACCAUUUACAAUCUUUCUGGGAUACCUGUUAAAUCACCUAAACUCUUUAGACCUCAGGCUGAAGUUGAAGCAGAUAAAAACACGUUACAAAAUCCUCAAACUCUGAAAAACAGUCUGCUCACAGGCAACCAUUAUAGAAAGUCAAUACUAAUCCACAGUAGGCAUCUUAAUAGGACAGAUAAUAAUCAGUGGAUAAACAAACCAGAUGGAUUUCUAGAACAACAUGGUGCAGCUUCUCCCCAUACUUACAGAUGUAAUGAUUUGGUAGAGUUGGAGAUGGGUUUAAGUCAUGGAGAUCACAACAGCAUGAAAUUGGUAGAUGAAGCAGUACGGCUGCAGUAUCAGAAUGCAAGUAUGCGGCAAGGCAGCUGUACGAUGCCAUUUAGGUUUGACGUUUCAAGACUCUUCACUUGCUGUUUACCAGGUGUACCUGAAGCUUUCUCUUGUGUCUGCCCAGGAUUUGUCACUGUAGUAUCAAUAUCUAAUUCUGCUCUGAUUAGGGAAUUACAGAAUCAGCCUCUCCGGAUUAUUCUCAUUGAGGGUGACCUCACAGAGUAUUAUCGCCACCUGGGAUUUAACAAGGCUACAAAUAUUAACACAGUACUGGAAAGCAUGAAGGUUCAAGACAGCUCAGAAGAACUGUGGACAAAUUAUGUAUUACAGGUACUAAUUAAGUUCCAUGUGAACCUUGUCCUGGUACAAGGAAAUGUGUCUGAACACUUAAUUGAAAAGUGCAUACACAAUAAGCGGUUGGUACUUGGGGCAGUGAAUAGCAGUGUGAUGCAGGCUUUUGCAGAAGCUUCAGGAGCAGUACAGGUGACCUAUAUCACACAAGUGAAUGAAAACUGUGUGGGCAGUGGGGUCUAUGUGACCUUCUGGAGAAGUAUUCCUUCGGAUGUCAUGGAUAGAAUCAACAUAAUCACAAUCGUGAUAAAAAUAGAAGGAAUUAAUUUGGCUACAGUAGUGCUCACUAGCCCAGUCACUGCACAGAUGCAAUCCAAAGAAGAUAGGUUCUGGACUUGUGCCUCUCGUCUGUAUUAUGCUCUAAAAGAGCAACAGGUCUUCCUUGGAGGUGGUGCAGUUGAAUUUUUGUGUCUUAGCCAUCUUCAAAUUCUUGCAGAGCAAUCACUGAGUAAAAGAAACCACAUCUGUUCAGGAUGGCUUCAUAAUACUUCCUCUUGGCUGGCCUCAUCUCUGGCACUAUACAGAUCAACUGUGCUUAAAUGCCUGGCAAAUGGAUGGCACAAAUACCUUUCAACUCUCAUAUAUAACACGGCCAAUUGCUCAUCAGAAUUCGAAGCCAGCACAUUCAUUCAACAGCAUCUACAAAAUGCCACAGACUCUGGCUCUCCUUCAUCUUACAUCUUGAAUGAAUAUAGUAAAUUAAAUAGUGGAAUUUUUAAUUCAGGCAUUUCAAAUAAACUGGAACAGAUUCCAAGCAUUUAUGACGUUGUUAUACCAAAGAUUGAGGCAUGGCGCCGAGCUUUGGAUUUAGUACUAUUAGUACUUCAGACAGACAGUGAAAUUAUUACUGGACUUGGACACACACGGUUAAAUUCACAGGAAACAGAGGGCUUUUUAUUUUUGUAGUGUUAUUGGCUAAGUCUUUGGAAAAUAAUAUUUUGUUAUAUAUCAUGCUAAUAAUAAAUUUCCUAGUAGCCAAGUCGUAGUGCCUAAAAUGCCAGCCAUUAAAGAUUAUUGAUGUCUGUCAGUAAUUGCAGGGUCUGAGAUUUCACCCAACUUACAAGCUAACAGGUUAGCCUGUUAACUAUUUCGUGGUAUGCUACAGGAUACAUGAGACACUUGGACAGAGACAAAGCACUUUUAUUAUUCACAGCAAAAGUGGUAGCCAGAGCUUCCUGUUGGUUUGUAUCGGUUCCCAUUUCUCUGAGCCCCAUAAGAGCAACAUAAAAGGCCAGUGAUGGAAGCCUGCACAUACAGUGGGUUGUGUUACAGAAAAGGAACACUGAGCUUGGGACAUUGACUGCUUUUAUAGUUGCAACUUGCAGUUGCAAGGGGGUAGUUGCUACCUCAUGCCUCAAGGUUGCUUAGUGUAAACGCAAGCCUAAGACAUGGACUGGGUAAAGAUAGGUCAGGUCCUUGCAUUCAAGGCACACCCAGAAAGUAUGCAGUGUCAUUCAGAGCCCAUAAUGGAUAGCCUCUUCCAUUUACUCACUUCUUAACCUGACAUGUUCUUGGCCAAACUUGAAUUUUCAUGGAAGAAUGCCACUCUGUUUACUAGUCUGAUUAAUCUGAUAAACAGGUUGUUUCGUCAAUACCAGAUCUAUUCAGUUGGUUUCAUAUAGCAGUUAAUUAAGGCUACUGUCAACAGACUCUGAGCAGCAGGAUGAAACCAGUCUGCAGUAUUGACCUCAGUCAUGUCCCCUUGGGUCUUGAUUUUAGUCAAUUUUAAAUUCCAACGGGGUCUUUUUAUUGGGCUGAAUGUAUUGUAAGACCAAUGUAUCAUAUAUUAUGACCCUCACAAGGGAGCUUUGACUGAGUUGCUGAUCUUCGGUGUCGAUGACAAAAUGACAGGAGGCAAUAGGUGGGCCAAAAACAAAUCCCCCCUCCCUGAUGGAGAGGCCUACUAUGGCCCAUUUUUCCCACAUACAAGCACAUAACCCCAACAAGGGCACGGUCACUCUACUUCAGGAUUUGUUGUGAAACCUGAUUUGAAUCACCAUUAUAUAGAUUUGAUUAAGUCACAUAGGUAGUGCCACCCAGUAGUUGCAGCCUCAGUUGCCAUAAUGGCAAAAUCCAAGGCUACUCAAACAUUUAAGAGAAGUAUAAGAUCAGUUAGAUUGAAACAAGGUUGUCCUGGUUUCUGUGUUUGUACAUUUUCACAUCUUGCAGCUGCCAUCGAUGGCAUUAUGAACUGCCUCCAAUACUGAAUAAAUCUUAAUAAGGAGAAAACAUUUGUUUGUUUGACUCCCAGGGGGAUUAAGUGCUAUGACUCUGUCUAAACAAUGCUGAGAAAUGGCUUGGCAAACAGAGUUCUGGAUUUUGUUUGGGUUUAGCAGCCACUUUUACUGGUGGAGGUUGUUAAUGGCCACAGUCAAAACCAUUGAGACAAGCUUCUAACUUGACCAGAACAUCAUCUAUAUAGUGAACAUUUGGGAUAUCAGAGCAUAGAGGCGCUCACACUAAAUCCCAACUCGCCAAUAGGUUAGGAUGGGUUAGGGCAUGGUAGUAGAUGGCAGGAAGUUUGUCUCAUUUCUCUAUAUAGAGCAGCAAUACCCUGGAUGGGAGGAUCUCCUCUGGCACUCUAUGAGCAUUUACAAUAUAAGCAUAUAACACCUCAAUACCAAUUACGUAUUUUCAUAACAAUUCGUUCUAAUCCCAUCAAUUGACUUCAGUCACUUUAUCCCCUGUAUGGGAAUAUGGCAAGUUUAACAUUGGCACAUUAGGAGCUUUAACUGUGGUGAGGAAAUUAUGUUAGCUCCCUGGUUGGGAGCUCCAGAAAGGAGCAAGGGGUAAAGGUUGCAUCCAAGGAGCCUCUUUUUUUUCUUUUUUUGGCCCCUUGCUUCAGUGUUGGUACCAGCUUCUUUCCUGUGCACUUCCCAGUAUCUGGGGAACCCCCACACUCUGGGGAUCUUUCUUUUUGCCCUCCAUGUAACUAACCUUGCACCUCCUCAGUGUCCUGCAGCCUUUGGUACCUUUGACCACCCUGUGCCCGAUACCAGCUUCCCCUAUGGGACUGGGUAGAAUGGUGACGAGCACCUGUAUCUAACAGCUGUAAAAGUUUGAGUCACUUUCUUCCCCCAUGUAUUCCCAUCAUACUUGGCUUUCUCCUUAAAGCAACUGAGGUCAGGGUAGAGGGUGAAGGAGUUACCAAAAGUGUAAAGGGAAAGAAUGGCUCCAAUAUUGCAUUUACUUUUGUUUUUGAUCAGCUGUCCAACUUGUACUCAACAAACUUGCAAUUUUAUUUCCUCCUUGCUGGUAGCAUUUGUUUUAGCUUUGAGGACCCCUUCACUUAGCAGGAAUAGCCACACUUCUUGGCUAGAGCCCUGGGGCAUGCUGCCUUGUUAUCAUAUUAAUAUUGCUCUUCCCACCCUGAAGUGAGUGAGCAACAACCAAUACACCAUUUGGGUGGCUUGUUUUAAUCCUACUUCUCACUGCUUAGCCUCCAAACAUAAAUUAACAGGCAGGACAGUGGGAGACUCAUUCCCCUACCCCUUUCCCACUACUUAAUAUUUACUGUUGGAUCCCAGGGAGUCAUAUCUCUUAACCCAGAGCAGUGGGGCCCUCAUCUUUUUCAGAAACCAUGGCUCUCUCAGCCAAAGCAGUAAAGAACUGUGUAGGCUCUGAGAUUUUGCCCUGUUUAUAAGCUAUCAGUUAAAAUGUAAUGGGAUACAGCCAGAAAACAAUCCUGGAUCAGAAAUGACUUUACAGUAGCCAGAGCUUUGUGUUGGCUUAUUUUGGUCCUCUGUCCUUUCAAGUCCCACAGAGGUGACAUAAAGGGCCCAUGAUGAAUGCAUGCGCAAGAGGUGGUGUUACGGGAGAGGAGUGCAUAACUUGGGCAAAUCACAACUUUUACCGUAAGCAGAAGUAAGCCUGUUCUUGGUCUGGAGUGAGAUGUUACAUCAUCAUUCAGGGUUACUCGCUAGAAACACAUCCCUGAGAAAUGGCCUGGAAAAAGAGUGCUCAAACCCAGCAAGAAUAUGCUGAGAGUCCAUAGCAUUCUGUGUAUCCCAACAAAGUCUUGCUCUUUUGCCACUUAGCCAUUAAAUGAACAUCUUAAGAAUGGAAUUAUGUGUGGAGUUGAAUAUUAGAAAAGCUCUGGGGAAAUAACAGUAGUAAUUAAGUUAUUGAUUACCUACCAUGUCCCAGGCACUAUUCUAAAUUCUUCACAUAUUGUAUUAAUGUUCUAGGGUUGCCAUAACAAAAUACCAUGUAUUAGGGGGCUUAAACAACAGAAAUUUAUUUUCUCACAAUUCCGGGGGCUAGAAUUUGAGAUCAAGGUGUUGGCAGAGUCGGUUUCUUCUGAGGCCUCUUUCCUUCACUUGUAGAUGGAUAUCUUUUCCCUGUGUCUCACAAUGUCUUCCCUCUGUAUCUGUCUGUGUCCUAAUUUCCUCUUCUUGUAAGGACAGUAAGUCAUAAUGGGUGAGGCCUUCCCUAAUGACCUCAUUUUAACUUAAUUAACUCUUAAAGAGCCUGUCUCUAGUACAGUCACAUUCUGAGGUAUUGGGGAUUAGGACUUCAACAUAUGAAUGGGGGGGACACAAUUCACAUAUAUUCACAUAUGUAUUCACAUAUAUUAUCUCAAUCUUUGAAACAUUUAUUUUCUCCAUUGUAUGAUGAGGAAAUGAGUUUAGGAAGGUUAAGAAACUAGCCCAAAGUCUUAAAGCUAGUAGGUAGAAGAGCUGGAGUUUACGAUUUUAUCUGGCUCCAAAGUAUAUUUCUAAGUAUUAACUGUGAAAGGAAGCUUUUUCUGUAAAGUAACAACAACAAAAGAAUGUCUAGUUUAUUUAUAAGGAUAAUUUAAAUGUACCAGAAAAUAUGACUUGGUUAUCUUCUACUCAGGUAAAAGUAUUAACUUUUAGUUUAGUGGUUGUCUUAAAUGUGGUCACCUGAAAACCUUGCACAGAUAAUCAUUCCAGUUAUAUAUACCAUCUUUGUUCUAAGUUAGAAUAACAACAACAUUAAAUGUUGAAUUGUUUUUUAAAAUAAGUGUAUUUUACUUGUUUAGGUAUUGAUACUUUUACUCUCCUGUGUACUAUUAACACUUAGUUUUUGUUAAAAUAAUACGAAGAUUAUGAGCACUACUAAUAUUAAUGUAGAUGUUUAUUUAUAUAAUAGAUUUUUUGUGAAGUUGGUAUUUGCAUGUAUUGGUACUAUUAAAUAUUUAGU